CUAUAUGAUAUUGUGUCGUUUGUGUUCCAGGCCACUGCUGUUUCAGACCAGCGAGCUGAUAGCCAGCAGUCCAGCUGUGGGUGACCUGAUCCCCUACAGCACCCUGCUGCAUUUCUUCUUCACCAGAGCGCCAUCUGAGCUCAAGUCCCCUCACCAGAGAGCAGAGUGGUCCAUCGCCCGUUACUCCCAGUGGCAGGAUGAUCAUCCCUCUGAGAGAGACAGGCUCACUCUCAUCAGGGGCGCUCUGGAGGCCUAUGUGCAGUCAGUGAGGGCUCGCCAGGGGAAGGAGUUUGCUCCCAUCUAUCCCAUCAUGCUCCAGCUGUUACAGAGAGCCACCAGUGGCUCACAGGACAUGCGAGUCUGAGGAGGACGACACAGCGUCAUAGUAUCUGAGCAUGAAGUGUGCUCCAGGGUAUGUGGAGGCACAGGAUGUUGUGGAUGUCAUUAUGCAUUCGUACAAAAGGCCUCCAUUAUUAUUUAUGACUCUUCCAGCUGAAACGUGAUCUUUCAUACUAUUACUAUUCUGACUUGAUCAGGACACUUUGUUGUGGAGGGAUACAUGGACGUGUGUAGAUUCUCAUGAUGAACUAAACAUUUGGAUUUGCCACAUUAACUGGAUUUAUCUUUGAGUGACCAAAGCUGGAAAUCAUAAAACGUGUCCUUUUUAAUUAGGGGCCACAUUUAGAUCUGAAGUUCACAAUGAAUUCUAUUUAAACUCUUUUUUUCAGCGCUGUCAUUUACAUUUUCUGAUUCUUGGAAAGAGAUGCUAUGCGGUACCAUGAUGGAUAUUCACACACACAAUGUUCCAAGUGGUCCAAUGUAGCGUUGGUUGUUUGGAAGCAGGAGGGUUCUCCCUCGUCUCAGACUGCAGCAGCACGGCGGCGUGUUAAAGUACAGCAGGAAUCCGCGCUGUGGCCUUUCUUCCCCUCUGGAUGCAGCAAUAGCCUCCUGCUCAUGUCUUUAAAGGACGAAAUCCAAAGCUUAUUUCGAUCGCUUUUUGAUUUAGAAUCAAA